AUGGCAUUCAUAGCUAAAGCUAGGAAGUGUGAUCUUCAGGAAUUAGCUAGUGAGUUAGGUGAAGAGAUUGAUGGGAAUCUCACGAUUGCUAAUCUUAGAAAAUUGAUUUUAAAUUCUAACGAAUACGAGGAAGAGUUUGUAAAGGGUGUUUUAGAGGGUAUUGUGGAGAGGAGACAAGAAAAAGAAAAUUUGGAAAGACAGGAAAAAGAGAGGCAAUUUGAGUUAGAGAAAAUUAAAUUGCAAACUUCGAUUGAAACUCAAUCCCUAAUGUCAGAGAAUAAUGAAAUGAACACCAAACAUAAUUCUUCAGAGUUACAAAAGAUACUUCAGAAAUUUGAUUCCAAAAAUGAUGAUAUAAGUCUUUACUUAGUCAUAUUUGAGCGCCAAGCUAAACGAUUAAGGAUUGAUAAAACAGAUUGGGUCACCCAAUUAAUGCCACUUCUUCCAUCAGAGGUUGUUCAAAUAAUAGCAAGGGAACCUGAAGAGGAAUCUAACGUUUACGAGUACGUAAAGGAAUUACUCUUACGACGAUUUAAAUUGAGUGCAGAAACCUUUCGAUUGCGGUUUGUGCAACAUCAAAAGAGAAUGGAAAGUUCAUGGAGGGAUCUGGCCUUUGAGUUGAGAAGCUUCUUGGAGGAGUGGUUGGAUGGUGUUAACGUAACGGAUUUCGACUCGUUGAAGGAUCUGAUGGUUGUAGAUCAGAUGAAAAGAAGAGUUGGAAAUGAAGUUCGGGAACAUUUUGUUGACACAUGGACAAAAAUCUCGUCUUCAUCUAAGUUAGCCGAUCUCCUCGAUGAUUAUGACGGUGUAAGGAGAAGCUCAAAAACUGGACAUAUUCCUAGUAAUGGCAGGACACGAGUAAACGGGAAUUUUGAAAAGAGAAAUCCUAUUGUCCAUGACAAAAAUGCAAUGAACACUGAUUAUAAAAGACCGAGUAGUCCUCGGAAUUGGAAGCAAGAACGCUCCGAUCGGCGUCAAUGUUUCGAGUGCGGAUCAUCGCAACAUUUAAGAGCCCAGUGCCCAAAUCUAGCUAAGAUGAAGAAUUUCUCAAGGAUUAACCGCGUGACAAGACGUUUGGUAGAAACGACAAGCGAGAAAAGUGGACCACAGAGACUUCCAGAGAAUGUUGCUGAAAAUCAGACUGAUGAAGGUACGAUUCUCACAACACAGUUAAAGGCACCAGAAAAAGAAAUAACACGCAUUAGCCCUUUACAGAAAAUACCAGUGAAAAUUGAAGACAAUACAUUUGAAGGUAUCGUGGAUACAGGUGCUGAAAUCACCGUCAUCAGACAGGAUAUAAUUGAUUCUUGCUCUAAACAAGGAGAGGGCAGCAUAAAAAUUAUAUCAGCCUUUGGGGAAGAAGAACUUGCCCCAUUAGUUACUAUCAAUGUAAAAAUUAAUGAUGGGAAGCAUGGCAAUGUUCCUGUUACUUGUGCAGCAUCGAAGAAACUAAUAAGCGACAUGCUGAUCUCCUCGACUACAUACGAAGCAUUAUGUAAGAAAAUAGAGGCACAUACCUUAUUACCCGUGAUAAAGAAUGUAGAUUCGGAGCAACCUGUCCAUGAAGAGCCAAAUCAAGAAGAUAAUGAAGAAAGUCCAUUGGAGGAGAAAAUUUGUUUCUCGAAGUUACAAAAAGAAGAUAACUCUCUGAAGACGGCAUGGGCAUUUGGCAGUUCCCAACAGAAUGGUUAUUCAGUUGAAGAUGGCAUCUUAUCGCACUCUGAAUGGGUAUGUGGAGAAAAGGUGCAACAGGUAGUGUUGCCAGAAUGUAAACGGAAGUGUGUGCUUAAGGCAGCACACGAGUUACCAUUGGCAGGUCAUCUGGGAGAGAGAAAGACGAAGGAAAGAAUAAAGUACUCAUUCUACUGGCCAGGAAUAAAGAAAGAUGUCAAAGAAUUUUGUCAGUCUUGCAAACAGUGCCAAGUUAGGAGGGCAAUUACAUACAGAGAUAGGAUCCCAAUACAGCCUAUCGUCAGACCAGAAAAUCCUUUUGAAGUUUGGAGCAUUGAUUGCAUAGGUCCACUGGAGCCUCCGUCCAGGAGAGGACACAAAUUCAUCAUUUGCGCUAUUGACCUGUGUACACGUUGGGCAGAAGCUAUCCCAGUAAGAAAUAUUACUGCGAAAACUACGUGUGACGUGCUCAUGAAAAUUUUUACAGCUACAGGAUUUCCUGAAGUCGUUUGCACUGACCAAGGUACUAACUUUACAUCGACUUUAACUAAAGAAUUCCUGAAAGUGAUCGGCACCGCACCAAGAUUUGCUACUCCCGGGCAUCCAGAAAGUAUGGGUGCAGUUGAGCGAUGGAAUAAAACCUUAAAGGAAAUGCUCAGCAAGAAUAUCCAGGAAAAUGGAAAAGAUUGGGACAUACAUCUGCCAUAUCUGUUAUUCGCGUAUAGGGAAGUACCACACAGUACAACAGGACUGUCACCAUUUCAAAUGGUCUAUGGAAGGUUACCCAGAGGGCCCUUGUCUCUGAUGAAAGAUUUCUGGACAGGAAAAAGAAGAAUCCCCGUAGGUGUUUCCAGAUCCAUUGAGAGUUAUUUAGAAAAUUUGCAGGAAAAUUUAGGAAAGGCUCAUGGCAUUGCCAUGGAGAAUGCCGAAAAAACCCAGGCAGAAUAUGCAAGAAGAUAUAACUUGCGAGCUCGUGAGAAGACCUUUCAAGUAGGAGAAAAGGUUCUGAUUUUGGAUUCAGCUUCUUCUCAUAAGCUGUUAAAGAAAUGGAUCGGGCCAGUGAGUAUUGUUGCUUUUACAAGACCCCAUUCAGUACUCGUCAAGAUGGAAGAUGGUACGAAUAAAGAGAUUCAUGUCAAUAAAAUUCGACCAUACAUAGCACGACUUGAGCAAGUCGGAGUGAUAUAUGACCAAGACAAUGAAUUUGGAGAAAUAUUUCCUGCCCCAACCAAUUGCAAUCAGAAAAGCAAAAUCAGUCGUGAUAUAAGAACGCAAAUUUAUAAUCAAGGAAAGGAGUUAUCAUUACAACAAAAAGCUGAGCUGAUUGAUAUCUUAUCUAAGUACACAGACAGUUUCAGUAAGUUUCCAGGGAAAGCCAAGGUGCCAGGACAUAACAUUAAGGUAACCGAUGACUGUGUCCCCAAGCGACUAGCUCCAUAUCGUGUCCCAAUUGUUUUGCAAGGGGAAGUCGAACGCCAAGUUCAAGAACUUUUAGAAGCAGGACUCAUUGAACAUAGCGAGAGCGACUGGGCACAUCCCGUAGUGUGCGUUGCUAAGAAAAAUGGUAGUAUCAGACUGUGCGUAGACUACCGUCAGCUGAAUAAAUAUACGAUUGCAGGCGCAUAUCCAAUGAAACUGGUUACUGAACUAUUGUAUGAAAUUGGAAAAGCUAAUUUUAUAUCCAUAUUAGAUCUCACCAAAGGAUAUUGGCAAAUUCCCAUGAAGCCUGAAGCGAAGCAUUAUACCGCUUUUAUCACUCAUUCUGGCUUGUACCAAUGGAAUGUGAUGCCCUUCGGUAUGAAAAAUGCAGGAAGCACAUUCCAAAGAAGCAUGGACAAGAUCCUCUCAAAGCAUCGAGAGUAUUGUCGUGCAUAUAUUGAUGAUGUCGCCAUUUUCUCCAAAAGCUGGGAAGAACAUAAAAAGCACAUUAUGGAAGUAUUUUGUACGCUUCAAGAGUCCAACCUUACCAUAAAUCUAGAGAAGUGUGAGUUUGGCAAAAAGGAAGUGAAGUUUCUUGGCCAUAUCGUCGGAUCAGGAAGGCACUCCCCAGAUCCCGAGAAAAUUGACGCCAUAAAGAAGUUAUUGAGACCUACAAAUAAGAAAGAAGUACGUAGUUUGCUGGGACUUGCAAAUUAUUACAGGGACUAUAUCCCAAACUUUUCUUCAUUAGUAUUACCACUAACAAAUCUCACCAAGAAAAAUGUACCUAACAAAAUUCCAUGGGCCAAAGAACAAGAGCAAGCAUUCCAAAUCUUAAAAGAAGAAUUAGUCAAGAUGCCUUCAUUAUACACCCCACAACUGGAUAAACCAUUCCAGUUAUACACGGAUGCCUCAGCAACAGCCGUUGGAGCCUGCUUAGCUCAGAUAGGUGAUGAUGGGAAGGAAAAACCCAUUGCAUUUUUCAGCAAGAAAUUGACUGCAACUCAAACACGGUGGGCUACUAUCGAGAGAGAAGCCUACGCCGUACUAGAGGCCUUGAAGAAAUACGACACAUGGAUAUUUGGUGCUCGUGUUCAAGUUAUCUCUGACCACAACCCUUUGACGUAUCUCACUCAACAAACGCCUCACAGCGCAAAACUUACACGAUGGUCGUUAGCCUUACAGAGAUACGAUGUGACAAUAUCAUAUCGAAAGGGGAGUAAACAUUGCAAUGCAGACUCUCUAUCUAGGUUGCCAUUGCAGCAGUAAGAAAGAAAGGCUUUCCAGAAAUGUACAAAAACAUUUGUGCAUCUGCUUUGUUACUUUUAUCACCAAUUUUGUGCAUAUUUGAUUUUUUUAUAUAUAUAUUUGUUUGUCUUUACGUUUUGAAUUUGUGUAUGUGUUAUUUCUUUUCUUUGGGAAUUGCAUAUCAGUUGCUCUCCCACCUCUUUCCUGCUCCUUUCCUAGUUGUAGCGACAAAUACUGCUUGGAACUAUGUUUCAUUUCAGGAUCAGCCUUUUACCGUGAGAGAUGAUCAGUGAUAAGCAACCCGUCCAGUUCUCAAGACGCAGCAUUGUCUCUAAGGUGACAAUGUGCUUCUCCAAGGGGGGGCGUGUAAGACCCGCUCCUCCGCUCCCAACGACGAAGCUUGCAAGACCAGUCAGGAGGGGAAAGGUCACAUGGUAUCCGAGGGGGUGAAAACCAGGAGAGACGAACAGGAAGUGGACUAGACAGAUAAGGACGAGGAGCGAAGGUGGCAUGGUUCGCCAUGAACGAGAUGCUUGAUUCACUUUUAUGUUUUAUAUUUUAAACCGUUACUGUAAAUAUGUAAAUAAUAUAAUAAUCUAGAA